AUGGUUUCAAAACUCAUCAGCACAGUACAAGCUAAAUAUUAUAUUGCAGCACACUGGGUGGUUCAUCAGUGGCAGUUGUACGAGCGGUCACUAUGCUCACUGCUGGAGCUCCAAGCUCGUAAGCGGACUUACGGCGUGUGCUGCUCGCCGCGGUACGUGAUAGCGCCGGAGUACGCGCCCCACUUGCUGCCACUGCCGCUCCCAAGACACACGCCUCCGCCCGCGCACUUGUAG